AUGGUCAUUCUGGGCCUGGAGAGCCUGACCGGGCGCGAGGUCUUGACGCCGUUCCCGGGUCUGGGCACAGCCGCAGCCCCAGCUCAGGGUGGCGCCCACCUGGAGCAGUGUGACCUGCUGAAGCUGUCCCGCCGCCAGAAGCAGCUGUGCCGCCGGGAGCCGGGCCUGGCCGAGACCCUGCGGGACGCGGCACGCCUGGGCCUGCUAGAAUGCCAAUUCCAGUUCCGGCAGGAGCGCUGGAACUGCAGCCUGGAGGGGAGGACCGGCCUGCUCAAGAGAGGCUUCAAGGAGACAGCCUUCCUGUACGCAGUAUCCUCAGCGGCGCUCACCCACGCGCUGGCCCGGGCCUGCAGCGCCGGGCGCAUGGAGCGCUGCACCUGCGAUGACUCUCCGGGCCUGCAGAGCCGGCAGGCCUGGCAGUGGGGCGUGUGUGGCGACAACCUGAAAUACAGCACCAAGUUCCUGAACAACUUCCUGGGUCCCAAGAGAGGAAGCAAGGACCUGCGAGCACGGGCUGAUGCCCACAACACCCAUGUGGGCAUCAAGGCUGUGAAGAGUGGGCUCAGGACCACCUGCAAGUGCCACGGCGUGUCAGGCUCCUGUGCCGUGCGGACCUGCUGGAAGCAGCUCUCCCCGUUCCGGGAGACGGGCCAGGUGCUCAAACUGCGCUAUGACUCGGCCGUCAAGGUGUCCAGCGCCACCAACGAGGCCUUGGGCCGGCUGGAGCUGUGGGCACCCGCCAAGGCACGCGGCUCUGCCAAGGGGCUGGCGCCGCGGCCGGGGGACCUGGUCUACAUGGAGGACUCUCCCAGCUUCUGCCGGCCCAGCAAGUACUCUCCGGGCACGGCGGGCAGGGUGUGCUCGCGGGAGGCCAGCUGCAGCAGCCUCUGCUGCGGGCGGGGCUACGACACCCAGAGCCGCCUGGUGGCCUUCUCCUGCCACUGCCAGGUGCAGUGGUGCUGCUACGUGGAGUGCCAGCAGUGCGCCCAGCAGGAGCUGGUAUACACCUGCAAGCGCUAGGCCGCCGGGCAGCCAGGGCCCCCGGGCACGCGCCAUGCGCACGAGUGUGCCCCUCCUCCCUCCGGAGCCCCCACCCCCCAGCCGGGUCUCCUUCCUCCCUCGACACUUGGCAGAAGCCCCAGACUCCCCAACUUGGAUGAGGGCUUGGAGCAGGCGGGCAGGUCGGGAUGCAGAAGGACGUAGGGGAGCGCGAGGGGAGCGCAGGAGCGAGGCUGCGCCGGGGGAGAAGGGGGUGCGGCGAGCAGCCGAGGGCAUGUGGCGGAGGGGGCUUCGCUGCCAAGCCUGCCUCCGCCUUCGUUCCGCCUGUUUGCUCAUGGCCCCUCACUUGGGCUGCUACUGGAGGAGCAGAAGUGACUGCUAAUUUCCUUGGGGGCCUGUGGCCAUUACCAGUGUCCUCCACCGAGGCACCCUGCAGGAGAGAAACCAGCUCCCCGCCCCCCCAAAGUGGCACAUGGCUCCUGGACAGGCAGAGGUUCCCACGGAGCACGGCGCGUCUCUCCCGCCUCGCUGGGGCCAUGCGGCUGGAGGCCGGGUGCUUCCCUCAAGCCGGGCCCGAGGCCAGCCAGGAGGAAGUGACCUCCCUCGGGAAGCCCGCAGCGCCCUUCGGUAAGCUUCCUUCCGCCCCGAGACCAGCGUUGCUGCCCUCCUCUGGAACUGGAAACUUGGGGAGCAGCCGGGGCUCGGCAACCUCACCGAUGCCAGCUCCAGGAAGGCCUCAGAGCUGAGACCUCCGCAAGCCAGGAGAGGCCACCCUGCUUUCAGAGGCAGCCCGGGGAAUACUAGAAGGCUCAUUGAUGGCAGAGAGGCUCUGAGGACUGACCCCGAGACCCCUGCUCCCUGGAGUGACUUUGCUGAUCCAAGCGGCCAACCCAGCACGGUGGGAGGAGGAGGAAAAAAAAAAACACAAUGAGAGCUGGUUUUCUAGCGUUUUCUUUUUUCUGCUGCAUGGAGACUUGUUCCCUGGCAGCCCAGCAUCCUGCGAUUCUGAUUUCCCCGCUCUGGCCACCACCCCGGCUCAGUUCUGGGCAUACGGCUUAAGCAGAGGCCAUAUGUGCGGGCAGAGGGGCUUGGAACAACUUGGAGACCAGAGCAUCCUGACAUACUGCCAUGGUAUCUGCACCCCAACUCCACGGCCAGUAGGGCUGGGGGUAUCGGAAGAUAAAGGCUGGACUGGAGCCCUAGGCUGUGGCUGGCUGCUAACAUUGUCCCCUCUGGUCAUUCACUGUCCAGCUCUCUCCCACUCUUCUCCCUUUUCUUACUUUCCCCAGCCUUUUCUCUCCUCUUCCCCGGGAAGACACACCGCAGCCAUGCUGGGGCCCCUCAGCCUGCAGCUUUAAGAGAAAUGUAUAUACAGGGUAUUUCUGUCUACCUCACAUAGAUAGUUUUUAGGACAAAAGAAGAUAAUUUAUAUAGCUAAGAUAUAUGGGAAAAGUAUUUAUGUUAUUUAUAUAGUUUCUCUAUUUCAUGAGCAGCACAAGUGGGGUUCCUAUGUUUUGCCAGAAGCCUUUCUGGGGAGACACAUUCUAGCCUGCCUGAGGCCCACACAGAGCUGGACGCCAGGCCGCUGAGGGAGGCCUCGCAGCUCCUGCAGCCCGCAGAGGUCUGACUCCGCGGCGGGGAGCCCACGUCCCUCUAUGAUGAGCUGUGGGGCGCACAACUGAGUACUCCUUGUGACGUUUGUGGCUUCUCUGUGCCCUGGGCUCCAGGCCCCCUUCUGCUCUGGUGUACAGGUUUUUCUCAUAAUAAUAAUGACAACAAAGAUGACCACACCUGGCAUUUGUAAAGCACUUUCUGUUUUCGGACAUACUUUAAUCUCCCUUGACUUCCCCAUUAUCUCUGCAAGGUAGGUGGGACCACACUACCGUACCCGUUUUCCAGAUUUCGUCCAGAGAUGGAGGGCUGUGCUCAAAGUCACACAGAAGAGAAUCUUCGGUGACUACUGACUGAACAUGGGUCGGGCGCUGGGCAGUUGGAUUUACCUUGAGCCUGGGAGUCAAAGCCAGGAACUUGGGGCAAUGGCUCCAUUCCUUGCUCUGUGGGACCCUGGCCUUUCCCAUCUGGACGGUGUGUCUGUAUCUCCAGCAAGCUGAAUCUCACAUCUCCAGAGCUUGGAUUUCCUGAGAGGCCUAGUGAGACAAUGACCCCGCAGAGGUCACGCAGAGGUCCCACAGUCCACAUCACCUGAGAUAACUGGGCUCCACCAUCACCUCCUUCCCAGCCCACAGAUGAGUU